AUGUAUAAUGAGAUUGCUAGGGGAAGGCGUCAUGUCCUGGGUGAUGCUAGAGCGGCAUUGCGAUACCUCAAAAACCAGAAAGCUGAAGAUACAAGCCUCUAUUAUGAGCACAUAGUUGAUGCUAAAGGGGUAUUGCGAGCUCUAUUUUGGUGUGAUGGAAGAAGCCAAUUAGAUUAUGAAGUAUUUGGAGAUGUGCUUGCCUUUGAUGCGACAUACAAGAAGAACAAGUACUUGUGUCCGGUAGUAGUGUUUUCCGGUGUGAAUCAUCACAACCAAACAGUGGUAUUUGGAAGUGCUCUAGUUACCGAUGAGAGUAAGGAGGUCUACGUGUGGUUAUUACAGCAACUAUUGGCAGCCAUGAAGGAAAAAGCACCUGUAUCUGUCAUUACAGAUGAUGCUCCAUCAAUGAGGUUUGCAAUUGAGACGGUAUUCCCAAAUUCUCAUAAUAGAUUAUGUGCUUGGCACCUCAUUCGGAACGCCACAAGUAAUGUUGGAAACCCAAAAUUUACAUCUAUGUUCAAGAAGUGCAUGCUAGGAGAUUAUGAGAUUAGUGUGUUUGAGCAGAAGUGGUUUGGAAUAGUUGAGGAGUUUGGUGUAGCUGAAAAGAAUUGGAUUAUUGACAUGUACGAGAAAAGGCAUAUGUGGGCCACUGCACAUAUUCGAGGCAAGUUUUUUGCAGGAUUUAGGACAACUUCUCGAUGCGAAGGUUUGCACUCUAUUAUUGCAAAAUAUGUUAAAUCUCAAUACAAUUUGGUUGAUUUCAUAAAGCAUUUUAAGCGGUGUCUUACCUACCUAAGAUAUAAGGAGGUUGAAGCUGACUAUGUUUCCAUAUCUGGUCUUCCGGUACUUAAAACAGCAUUAGAACCUCUGGAAAGGUCUGCAUCAAAUUUCUAUACACGAGAGUUAUUUUUUAUAUUUCGACCAAUGCUUGUUAGGGCUGCAAGAAUGAAGGUUGUGCAAGAUAUGGCAUUUGAUUCAUUUGUACUUUAUACAAUAUCUAAAUAUGGAAGUCUAAAUAGUUCAUGGGAGGUGUCUGUGGAUAAUGAAAGGACGAAGUUUAAUUGUUCAUGCUUAAGGAUGAAUUCUUUUGAAAUUCCGUGUGAGCAUAUAGUUUGUGUGCUGGGGUUUCUUAACAUCCUUGAGCUACCAAAGUCUCUUGUGUUGACAAGAUGGUCGAAGAAUGCCAAGAAAAGCACUUUCGAUUCAAGUGGCGUUACUUGGGAGUCUAUAAUAUUGAGUCAAUAUGGAUGCUUGAUGGAUUGGUGUCGGCAGCUGUCCUAUGUCGCUAGUCGAAGGCAGGAGAGAUUCCACCUUGUUCGAGAAACUGUUAUGAGCCUAAUCGAAGAUUUCAAGAUUGAAGAUGAACAAGAAAAGCAAGUUGGUGCGCAAGCUGAUGAUUCAGAUGGUAUUUUUCCUAAGAAUCCACAAAGUUGUAGGUCUAAGUGUCAUCCAGGUGAGAAGAUCAAAUGA